AUGGCGCGCCGCCUCAGUCGUGACGAGUACACAGUCGGGUGGGUGUGCGCCUUGUCAGACGAGUUCACCGCAGCACAGGAGAUGCUUGACGAAGAACAUCAAGAUAUCCCUCCUAAUAGCAACGAUUCAAAUAUAUACACGCUGGGGAGCAUAGGGACCCAUAAUGUCGUCCUGGCGUGUUUGCCCGCCGGCCAGAUGGGUACAAACUCUGCUGUGGCAGUCGCUAUCCAGAUGAAGACCACGUUCCCAGCCAUUCGCUUUGGGCUGAUGGUAGGAAUCGGAGGCGGUGUUCCAAGUAAGGGGGCAGAUGUUCGGCUCGGCGACAUCGUUGUCAGCCAGCCAGUCAACGGUCAUGGCGGGGUAGUACAGUACGACUUUGGAAAGUCAACGCCAAACGGGUUCAAGCGGACGGGAUUUCUCAACGCCCCACCCCCAAUCCUCCUCGCCGCUAUUACGAAGCUUCGAUCCAACCUAGACCGUGGGAGAAGUAGUUUGGUGCCGCACCUGUCGAGGCUUAGUCACCUCCCCAAGUUCAACCGCGAUCAAGCUGGAAUCGACGUGCUGUUCGAAGCAGAGUACAAUCAUGUUGGAGAGCAUAGCUGUGCGUCAUGCGCGGCCGCGAGAAGAAUGCGUAGGAACGAGCGGGCGAACAAUGCACCCAUGAUUCACUAUGGUACCAUCGCUUCGGGAAAUCAGGUGAUGAGGGAUGGUAUAGAGCGGGACAAGAUCAGCUCUGAAUUUGGAGGAAUUCUCUGCUUUGAAAUGGAGGCGGCUGGCCUAAUGAAUGAUUUCCCCUGCUUGGUGAUCCGCGGAAUUUGUGACUACGCUGAUUCCCACAAAAACAAGACAUGGCAGCCUUACGCGGCAGGAACAGCAGCGGCGUACACCAGAGAGCUGCUAGGAGUGAUACCAGCGGCGGAUGCAACUAACACAAAAAGGGUCGAUGAAGCACUACGUGAGCCGAUGCGUAGCUUCUACCUCCCCUUGCUCCGUAACCGCCAGUUUAUUGGUCGAAGUACAGAGCUCAAUACGCUGGAACAAAAGCUCCUUGUCAAUAAAGAUUGCCAAAAGGUGGCGCUCAGCGGCCUUGGUGGCAUCGGCAAGACACAAAUCGCACUACAGUUCGCAUAUCAUGUCAGGGAAAAAUAUCCAGAGUUCUCUAUCUUUUGGGUACAAUCGUUGAGUGUGGAGACUUUUGAGCAGGGCUGCUUGGAAAUAGCAAGAGCAUUGAGGAUAAAUCAGGAACAGCAGAGCAAAGAAGACGUGAAAAUUCUUGUACGGCAAUGGCUAUGCGGAAAGACAGCUGGAAAAUGGUUAUUAAUUAUCGACAAUGCUGAUGACCUUGAAUUGCUUCUUGGAAACCACCAGACAGACGGCUUGCUGGCCUUUCUACCAGACGGCGAUGAUGGCUUGACCAUAUUCACAACGCGACAUGGAAGCGUAGCGCAGCACCUGGCAGGCAGCGAUGUGGUUGAGAUAGAAAGGAUGUCAAAGGAGGAGACGAUUGACUUGUUGGAGAAGUCGUUGGUUCGAAAGAGUCCUCACAGCCCCGAGACUGUAAUGAGUCUUCUCACAGAGCUGGAAUAUCUUCCGUUGGCUAUUACUCAGGCCGCAGCAUAUAUCAACGUGAACAAGAGCUCCAUCUCCGAGUAUUUGCGGCUUUUUAAGAACACAGAGCAUGAUGCUCUUGCUAUCAUGAGCACGGAUUUUGGCGAUAAGACACGAUAUCAGAACUUAGGAAAUGCGAUCGCUAAAACGUGGACGAUAACGUUUAAUAAGAUUCUCGAACAAGACACAUUAGCAGCAGAUACCCUCGCAUUUAUAUCUUGCAUCGAAUGGAGAGCUAUCCCUUACUCCAUUUUACCACCAGCUGAUCCCGAAGCACGGUUGGUAGGGGCUAUUGGCACACUCUGCUCCUACUCGUUCCUCCAGAGACGAGAUGGUGGCACUAAGCUCGAUAUGCAUAGAUUAGUGCAUUUGGCGACCAGGAUGUGGGUUAAUCAGAGCGGCCAUGAAGUAGAAACGAGAAUGGCGGCAUUGACACACCUCUCGGAAGUCUUCCCUUCUGACGACUACACAAACCGCGAGACAUGGCGGGAUUACCUGCCACAUGUGGCACUUUUGGAGAAAGAUGAGCAAUAUCAAGACACCGAAGAGAUGAGCGAGCUCCGUCUGAAGGUGGGACGGUGCUUAUACGUGGAUGGGCGGAUGAAAGAAGCGGUUUUAUGGGCACGGGAAUCUUGCGAGUGGAGGGAUACGAAUCUUGCUCAAGAUGACGGGGAUCGCCUAUUAUCACAGCACGUGCUCGCUGUGGCAUACCAAGGAAACGGACAAGUCAAGGAGGCGGUCAAACUGCUAGAGCAUAUUGUCAAAAUAGAAGCAGAAGUGCUCGCAGAGGACCAUCCCGAUCGACUAGCGUCGGAACACGUGCUCGCUGUGGCAUACCAAGGAAACGGACAAGUCAAGGAGGCGGUCAAACUGCUAGAGCAUAUUGUCAAAAUAGAAGCAGAAGUGCUCGCAGAGGACCAUCCCUCACGACUAGCGUCAGAGCACGCGCUCGCUAGAGCAUACCACACAAACGGUCAGGUCAAGGAGGCGGUCAAACUGCUAGAGCGUAUUGUCAAAAUAAAAGCAGAAGUGCUCGCAGAGGACCAUCCCUCACGACUAGCGUCGGAACACGAGCUUGCUCGAGCAUACCACGCAAAUGGCCAGGUCAAGCAGGCGGUCAAACUGCUAGAGCAUAUUGUCAAAAUAGAAGCAGAAGUGCUCGCAGAGGACCAUCCCUCACGACUAGCGUCAGAGCACGCGCUCGCUGAAGCAUACCACGCAAACGGACAAGUCAAGGAGGCGGUCAAACUGCUAGAGCAUAUUAUCAAAAUAGAAGCAGAAGUGCUCGCAGAGGACCAUCCCGAUCGACUAGCGUCAGAGCACGCGCUCGCUGGAGCAUACCGCACAAACGGUCAGGUCAAGGAGGCGGUUAAGCUGCUAGAGCGUGUUGUCAGAAUAGAAGCAGAAGUGCUCGCAGAGGACCAUCCCGAUCGACUAGCGUCAGAGCACGCGCUCGCUAGAGCAUACCACACAAACGAUCAGGUCAAGCAGGCGGUUAAGCUGCUAGAGCGUGUUGUCAGAAUAGAAGCAGAAGUGCUCGCAGAGGACCAUCCCGAUCGACUAGCGUCAGAGCACGCGCUCGCUAGAGCAUACCACACAAACGAUCAGGUCAAGCAGGCGGUUAAGCUGCUAGAGCGUGUUGUCAAUAUACAAGCAGAAGCGCUCGCAGAGGACCACCCCGACAGAACGCUUUCGGAGAUGUUACUUGCUGAUUUCUACGAGGAUCUGUCCAAGAUAUCUGAAACAGAGCAGGCGUAUGUAUAUUCUGAUGAAGAUCCCGUCGCUGACGGUGAAGAGCGAAGUCACUUCGAGCAAGAGAUCAAGACUUCGCAGGUGAUCUCUGAUAACGGAAACGCAUUUACGGCGACGAUAAAUCAAUCAUCACCAGAUCAAGAGUCAAAAUCGAGCGGCAAAUCAACAAGAAGAUUUCUCGUGACGCGGCUAAAAGGUAUUCUGAAGAAGGUCAAAUAG